GUUGGGAAACAAAAAAUUAACGACUUGUUUGAUUGGUUGGGCUUGUUUGUGGCAGACACAAAUCAAAAAAAAAUAUGAGUGUGUUAGACCUGCUUGGUGAUGAAAUCAACAAUGCAGACGGAGAGGAGGUAAGUACCUCUGUCUCCAAUAUUAUAGGGGAGCAAGGCAGUACAAACAUCGUUUCCACAACUUCAUCUUUGGCCACAUCAUCUACUCCACAACAAUCAUCUUCUGGUAAUAGUACCACCAUCCAACGACCUCCCUCCACCACUGCUAGCACCACUAAACCUUGGGGAAGAUUAGUACUGGUAAGCACCGGAUGUUCUGAUAUUCCAAAAGAAUUCUUCCUCUCCGAAGAUGUUAUUAAUAUUGGCAGAAUGCAAACCAACAAUGUGAGAAUUUUUUCGAAACAACAAUCCAAAUUUGUUUCAAGAAACCAUGCCCAAAUUAAAAAAAUCAAUGCUUUCACUUUUGAAAUCGAAGAUAAAGGGAGCAUGAACGGUACACUGGUGAACGGCAAAAAGAUUCAAACCUCCAAAUUAAAACAUGGAGACUUGAUUAUUAUUACUGGAGGACCAACAGCCAAUGUCAAUGAUUACAUUACAGUUAAUGACAAGAGGAGAGAAAUGUUUCAAAACGAACAAGAUUGGAAAUAUGAACUCACUACCCAACUCAAACAAGCCUUUAUCUAUAGAUUUGAACUUUUAGAUCAGAAUGCUAUAAUGAAAAGUUUAAGCUCUGUUAUCUCAGAGCCUGUUUCAAAACAAGAAGAAAAAUCUGUAGAGAAUAUUAGUCGAGAUAUUUCUAUAACACAAACACAAAAACCACUUCCAGAUAAUAAGAGAAAGAUUGACGACACUGAUUUAGCAACUAGUGAAACUGGAAAGAAAUUUAAAGCACUUUCUGAUUCUUGCACAAGCGAACUCACUUGUUGUAUUUGUUAUAAUCUUUUCGUGGAACCAACAGUUCUUGAAUGUGGUCAUAAUUUUUGUAAACGUUGCUUGUAUGAAUGGCUAGCAAAGAAUCACUCUUGUCCACUAUGUAGAAAGAAGCUAUCAAAGGGGUCAUACCCUAACAGAUCUAUAGAAACUAUUCUAAAUUCUUACGUUCAACAUGUUUCCUGUACUGACGAACAAAAGCUAAGAGAAGACAGAAUUAAACUCAUUCAACAGAAAUUCGAUGAAGAUUUAGCUAAAUUACACGGAAUGAUUGAGAAUGCCAAGGCUAAAAAGAUUAAAUUUUUAAAUAUUAAGGACAGAUGGAAACUAGAAGAAAAGAGAACCUUCAAGAAUGGUGUAAAACAGUACUUUGGAAAAUGCAGAGAAGAUUUUUGUAAUUUAGUUGGUAUGACUGAAAAUUUUGUCAAUAAUUGCACCAACGAGGAAUUAAUAAUUGCAUGUGAUAAUUUGGAAAUACCUGUUGCUUACAUGAUUGUUGGACAAGAAAUUAAAACAAUGAGGCGAGUUGUUGACUUUGAUCAGACUAGACAAAGAUUGUUGAACUUUUGGAAUGCUGCAGAUAAUUUAUUUUUCAUUUAA